GGGCUGCGCUCCAAAACCACAGACAGAGAGACAGACAGUAAGGGCUGUAACUAAAGUUUCAGUUCCUGCGCAUGUUUUUUCCCCCGGAACAGGCGAAUAAAGUCCCUGAUAAGUCCUUAAUUCUAAUGAGAAAUAAGCACAUUUUAUUUUAUUCCUCCAUAACAAACCCGGAAAGAUGCUGCGUAACAUUUUGAACCUGAUGAUUUGCUGACACGAGAUUCAACACGGAAACUGGGUUGGAACGUAACUACUUCAUCUCUUCCUGUUUCAUGCCUUCACCCGGCUUCCAUUAUUCUACCAUGACGCUCAACUCUUUGGACCUGAAAAAGGGAUGGAUGUUCAUGUUGGACAACUGCGCAGAAUGGCGAAAGUUCUGGUUUGUUCUGGACAGCUCUGGACUGAAAUACUACACCAACUCUGACGCUGAGGAGAGGGAUGAACCAGAAGGAGAGAUUGAUAUCUCAUGCUGUCUAGAAGUGGUGGAGUUUGAAGCAGAUAAGAACUAUGGACUUCAGAUACAUAUGAGAGAUGCAGAAAUCACUCUGUCAGCUAUGACCUCCCGCAUCCGGAGGAACUGGAUUGACGUUCUGCAGAGACGGAUCAGAACCACCAAGUCACCUGAUAAUACACGAUGCCCAGACAACACUGGCACCAGGUCCACCUCCCAAAAUGCAGAAAUGUUUGGGUUCUCACAUCCAGAUCGACACGAUUCUGGAUCAGAGCCCACAUGCCCGUCUCACGAUGACCCAGAUCUGACAUCAUUGCCCUUGACCAAUCACCGGGAGGCAGGUGUGGGACGAGACACAGAACAGGAAAAGCGAUUAGGGGACAGGACAAAGUGGUUCCAGGAAGCCAUCUCGGACAGAGAGGCUGAAAGCCCGUGGGACAAAGUGCAGCUGAAAAAGGGGGCUGUGGCUUGUGUUAAGCCGCAAAUCCCUGAGAUCAUGACGGGGACAGACAUUGAGAAGAAGUGGGAGGAUUUCGAGAAGAUUCCUGUCGGGGACAUGUGGUCUUUUUCUCUGAUUGGCUCAGAGGCGUCACAAGGAACCAAUCAGGCGCUACAGACCGAGGUGACGUCUCUGAAGCAGGAGAUCGAGGUGCCACGUACAGACCGAGCCGGAUACGGAUCUGCGGUUCCCUGCGGCCCAGGGUCGCCCUGUGCCUCCAGACUGGAAGAGUUGGAGAGAGAGCACAGGAAGAGACUGCAGGAGAUGGAGAGAGAGCAUGAAGGAGAGAGGAAAGAGAUGGAGACUCAGAGAGAGCAGAUGCUGAAGAAGGAGGCGCACCAUGCUGCACAAGCAAUAGAAGCUCUGCGAAAGGCUCAUCAGGAGGAGCUGGAGAGAGUGAAAGGAGGAGGAGAACAAACAGACAGCACUGGAUUAAAGUCCGAGUGUGUGUGUCUGCAGCAGGAGUUGGACGGUCUCUCGGAGCGUUACACUCAGAGGUGUGUGGAACUGACUCAGUUACAGAACACCACAGGACAGAGACACACACUGAUUGAGGAGAGGCACAGAGAAAUGGAACAACUCCAGAGAGAGAACCAGGAACUGCAGGCACGUCUGACCGAGGAAAUGAGUCUCAUGCGAUCCUUCAUCACAGAUCAAAGGUCAGGGAUCGUCCCUGUCAGAAGCUAUGAGCACAGUGCCUCAGAACUGGAGAUGUUGUUACGAGCGAAGGAGAAUGAGAUCGAGUACUUACACAAGGAGAUCAGCUGUCUCAGGAGUGAGAUCCAGUCAUUAAUUAAGGAGAAGCAGGAACUGAGCGAACGUUAUAAGGCCGUGUACGUGGAGCUGUGUGGACUGAAGGGGCUCAGCGACCUAGAGAUCAGCUCCCUUAAAGAACACCUCCGACUGACCAACGCUGCUCUGAAAGAGGAACAGCAGCACCAACUGAGACCUUAAAUUAUUCACACACGAACAACCUCAGACGCUUUCAUCAUCCUCUAACAAGGUCGUGCGAGAUCCUCUCCUUCCUCACGUGGCUUUGGACGGUGCUGGAUGCUGAUUUGUUUCCUGACGGAGAUAGGAGCUACUUUCCAUGCUGGUUUACAACCAGAAAAUAAAAAGAUAUUUAAAUCUUU